AUGGGAAACAUCAACUCCUGCUGGACCGCGGAGACCGCCGAGACGUCGUCGAGCUGCGUGAUGAAGACCGCCACCACGGCGCACAAUUUCACGGUGCCAAACUACUCGCUCCUCAAGGGCAUGGGCGUCGGCAAGUUCGUCAGCUCGACAACGUUCAGCGCCGGUGGCCACAAGUGGAAGAUCAGGUUCUACCCUGACGGCAACAAGGCAACGGGCCACGCGGCGGCCUUUCUCUGUCUCUGCAGCGGCGCUCCAGCGGCCGGCGUGCAUACCAAGUUCACUUUAAGCUUGCUGGUCAAUGACGGCAAGGUACACGCAGAUUCCAAGGCUUCCAGCUCGUGCAUCACGCACACCUUCGAGGCGAAGGCGGAUAAUGCCUGGGGCUUUACCGAUUUUAUUGAGAUGUCCAAGCUGCAUCAAAACUGCUUCACCAUCAGGUGCGACUUGACCGUCAUAAAGAAGCCAUCGAAGAUGCAGGCAUAG